AUGAUCAGAAUUGCAAGAUAAAACUAGCGUGUUGCUUAUUCUUUAAAUUAAUCAAUGACUAAUGGAUUACCAGCUUUAACUCCUGAAAAUAUGAAUUUAUGCACAUCCUAAUUUUAUGGAAAAAGACCUAUUAAUAAAAUUUAUGAUUCACCAAUAAAUAAAAUAUAAUCUGGAAGAUAUCAAAUAACAUAAUAAAAAGAUAUUGAAUAAUUUAAAGAAGAAAUAAUCUAGUUAAAGAAAGAGAAUGCAAGACUUAAAGAGAUAAAUAAAAAACUUUAAUUCUAAAUCAAACUUGAUGAGGUAAAUAAAUUAUCAUAAAUUCAAUUAGAAAGAGUAAUAAGACAAACGAACUACAUAAGAGGUAUCUGAAGACUAAGUCAAUUGCACUUAGAGUUCAAGAUUAGUAGAAAAACUAAAACAGGCAAGAAUGUUGUUACAGGAGAGAUAGACAGAGAUAGAUAAUUUGAAGAAGAGUACCCGUUAUAUGAAACUGCAAGAAAUGGAAGUAUUGUGCUUAUAAGUAUUGUAAGAUGGAAUUAGGCAACACAAAAUCUAAAUUUGAAAUUUUAAACAAACAAUUUAAUGAAAUUUUGAAAACAGAACAUGAGGUUCAUAAAUUUCAUAAAUUGACUAUUCAAACAGUGGAAUUGGAAGAAAAAGUGAGAAUUCUAUCUAAUACCAAUUAAAAGUAGAAAAGAAAGAUUCUUGGUUUAAGAUAAGAGUUAUUAACUUGUUAAGCAAUGAAAGAUAGACACAGAGAAUAAUAUGAAUAAUGUUUUGCUGAAUUUAAAAAAUAUUAGAAAAAUUAUGAUUAGGAAGUAUAAAAGAAAACUAAAUAUAAAGAAAUUAUAGAUAAUUUAAAUCAAUAAUUAAAUAAUAAAUAGAAUGUUAUUUAAUAAAUGUAAAUGGAAAUAGAUAAAUAAAAAUUGUUGGUGUUUUAAAAGUAAAGACAAUUUAAGGAAUUAGAGGAUUAAUAUUAAACAAAGAAAUCAUGGCUUACAAAUAAAAGAGAGGCAGAUACUUCAUUUUAAGAAGCUUUGGACGAGAAAGUAAAUAAGAAUUUUUUCGUAUUUCCUGAUGAUGAUCUUAGCAAUUCAAUUAAAUAACAAUCAGAAACAAAAAUUGUAUUAGAAGAAGAUCAUAGAGAUAGAUCAUAUACAGUAUAAAAUCGAUUAAGUGUUGAUUCAAUGAGAGAAGAUUAAAUAUCUCCAAAAGUAUAAAGUGUUAAAAUAAUUCCUGAUUUUGAAGUAUCCAAAUAAAAAUUACCAAAAGUAAAUCAUUGUGAUGUUGAAGAGAUUGGAAGAAAAUUAAAAUAUUAGCUAAUGUCUUAAUCAGUAGCUUUUGAAUAAAUUAACCAAUUUUUUGAAUCAAGAUAAGAAACAAGUAUUUAAGAAUUAGUUGAAAUACUUUAAGCAGCUCCAUUUUGUAUCUAAUAAUAUAAAUAGGCUUUGCUUUUAGCAAGAUAUUUAAUUGAAGAUAAUACAUAACCUUAUGUUGAAUUCACACCUUUAUAGACUAAUGAUAAUUGUAUUAUAAAGAGUGUGCUAAAAAAUGUUGUAGGAAAAUAUCAAUUAUUUGAGAUUUAAUAAUAAAAUCAAAUUAUGUAAAUUAUAAGUUAAUAAAUUUGGAAAUUUAGACAAUCUAUUGUUGAAUAAAUAAAAAUGUUGAUUUAAAAGAAAACAAACAUUUCUAGUGAAUUAUGUGAUGAAAUGGAAUUCAAAAAUGCAGUUUAGGGUAGUAACAUUCUUUUAGAUGAAAGAUAAAAAGAAUUUUUAGGAUUUUUUAUUUAUAAAGAAUUUGAUGGUUAAAAGUUAUUUGAUUAUAAAAUUUUGAUUGACAAGAUUGGAAACUAAAAUCCAUAAAAUUCACCAUCUAAAAGUAACCCAUAAGGAUUUUAAUGA